AUCCCGGCGGUGGUUCCUCUUCGGCUUGGCUAAGGUCUUCAGCCCCGGGACCCAGGAGCGCCCGAGCGGACCCCACCUGCCCGCCUUCUGAGCAGGCGAGGCGGGCGAAGCUACCUGUCUGGGUAAGCAGCGCCUGUUCGGACCGGGCUGUCAGUAAAUCGCUGGAAGGCGGUGCAGAGAGCUGCAGCGGCGAGGCCAGGGAGGAAUUAACGGCGGCGGACGGAGCUCUCCCGAAGAAUGGGGUCUAAGUUAACGCGAAAGGCGGGAGGCGCCGCGCAAGACCUACUGGCUGGCUGGAGUUUGCAUCUAAGCUGCGAAUAGGAGCUGGAAGCUCAUGGCGCUGCAGGAAGGGUUUCGGCGGCGGCGGCGGCGGAGCUCCCUUCAGGGCUGGGCGAGGAGCUCAGCGAAGGACCAUUGCGGAGACCAGCAAUGUCGGGCAACGCAGAAGAUGCCCAGCGCCCGCAGUUCCGUCGUCCAGCGGCGCUAAACUCCAAAGACGGAGCGCCCAGGCUGUUGGUUCGCCCAGUUGCUGUUGGACUUCGCCUGUGUGAGAGUUACUUUGUGCUGCUUGAAGAAGCCGAGCAGUUUCUAUCUAACCAAUUGUCCCAGUCUGAAGCGCUCUAGAGUGGGUUUCUAAAAACCACCUUAUGUCUUGGGGUGGGGGCUGAUGGACUGCAUAAAGAGGCUUCAGUCUGGGUGGGAGCAUUCACUUUGGAAGAUCCUCCUCCAGGUGUGGAGAAGGGUUAAGAUGCACUCUUUGGCUGGCCCCAUUUUAGGAAGGCCUUCUGCAAUUACUACAGGGAGUUAGCUCUAACUCUGGUUAGAAGCAGUGGUGCAGCUGGGUAAUUUUAGACUCUGGACCUGGUCUUAUGAGGGCAGAGUAGCAUAAGCCCUCCUGCUCUCUCUGCGCCAUGGAACCCAGGAUCUCAGCCCUGAAAUCCUACUCUUAAAGGUCUGCUGGUCAGUUACCUGGUUCACCCUGGCAGAAGAAGAGGAGCCUGGAUAUUCCAUUGUAUCCAGGUGUCAACAUCAUCAACAUAUUUCAAGAAUAUUCAGCACUGUUUAUAGGCAUAUCAAUCUAUUAGAGAGAAGGAAAGAAAUUGCAGGAUUGAUAGGAUAUUCUGGUGACAGAUCCCCAGACUGUGUUUCAAAUACAGUGAUUGAAAAUGUUGACAUACAUUUUUUGUAUAUUCGCACAAGCCACAGAUCAGUAUAACUAAACUCCUCCCUGGUGCUCUUGCUCCUCUGCCUCUUGCUCCAUCUUUUGAUACGUGGAGAAGACUUGUUAUUUCAGAGCGCUUCCGGUGAAUUUUGCUCCGGUGCUUCACAUACAUACUAUGUGAGUGCACCAGUUGAUCCAAGCUUUAAUUGCUGCACCAUUUACUGACACGGACUUCCCUAUGAAUUGUUCAUUUCUGGGCCAUGCAUUCUGGAAAACUGCUAGCCUAUAGAGCCUCUUCCAUGGCCCUUUGAAGGUGGAGCUCCUUAACUGCCUUCUUUCUCUUUUGCCCUGUGAAGGGAAGAAAACCUGGUCGAUGCUGGGAAACAGCAGUAGCAACAGGAGGCCCAAUAGUACAGACUGCAGACUGGCCUUUGCUGGAGAGGUCUGCCAGCUGCUCUUCAUGGUCCUCCUGAUCAUUGCCAUCUCUCUUGGAAAUCUGGCGAGUCUCCUGGUCUUCUUCUGUGUGAGGCAAUUCCGAACACCCCAAAGCUACCUAAAGGCCUCUUUGGCUCUUGCUGAUCUGGCUGUGGGGCUCAUAGUAGUACCUUACUCCGUUUAUCAGGAGGCAAACAUGUUGGCCUAUGGAACAGAGCAAGAGAGGAGUCCAGCUGGCAGGCCUGCCUGUUUGAUCACUGGCCCUAUCUUUGCAGGGUGCACCUUCGUCUCAGUCAGCACCAUAUUUCUGCUUUCCGUGGAGAGAAGUAUCGCUGUGCUGAAGCCCCUGCACAGGAAAGCUGUGAUUACCAAGCGCCGGAUCACUUGGCUCAUUCUUGGAUCUUGGAUGCUGAGCUUCUCCUUGGCUGUGACACCUCUCCUCUCAGUUCCAAAUAUCACCUUUGAGUACAAUUCCUGCAGUAAGAUGUGCAACUAUGGCUUUCCUCAGGACAAGUUGUCAGAGUCCAACUGGAGCAUCAUGCUCCUGUACCCAAUAUUUGAUUUCACCCUCUUGGGUGGCACUUUCGUUGUCAACACCAUCACGUUUGCCACCCUCCGGCAGUACCACAAAAUGCGGAAGCAACUGAGAGAAGAGCCACAGGGGGGCAACAGGCUCACUUACUCAGAUGUCACUGCUGCCAAGACCAUUGGCAUCCUGACCUUCGCAUACUCUGUUUCUUUUGUUCCCAUUGCUGUAUUUGUUGUGGGCACUGUGGUGGGCUAUGAGUGGUGCCGGUUCUCCUUCUAUGCUUUCUGGAUCCUUGCUUCCAACAGCUGUUGGAAUGUGGCUAUCUACAGUGUUUGGGACCCCAAGUUCCGGCACGGGGUUCGGGAAAUGUUCUGCAAGCAAAUGCUGAUAGCCACCUCCCAGCACCAUCCCAGUCACUCACUGGAGGGGCACAGUUCUGGCCCUGCUUGUGUGGUAGUCUUCAAGGAGAUGCUCCGCCCAGAGAGCGGCUAGUGGCAGAGUUGGUAUCUGCUGUUUUUAUAGAUGACUGCUUUGUCUGUGCUUCAGAGCAGUCUGGGUUUGUAGCUGGAAAUUCUGGAUUUUUCAGUAACCAUUUUCCUAUUCAGCUGUUGCAGCUUGAUGGAAUGGCUUUUCCCCCAAAGUAUGUGCCUUCUUAGUGCCAGAUUUUUCUUUCUGUUCAUUGGAUUGGAGCCUGUUGACCUUUGUAUAGCAAAUGUAGAAUGAAUUUAUGAGGAUUCAUUACAGAGUGUUGGAAGCACAUUGCACUUUUAAAAAAUUGUUGCUAGAUGAAUACCUUAAUAUAGAGCAGCUAUUUAUCAGUAACUCCUAGUCCAUAUAAAGAUAUCAGCUAUCUUGGUUCUGAUUUACAAGAAAAAAAUGUAAAGAGAGAGAGAGGGAAAGAAAGAAAGAAAGGAAAGAA